CAUAUAGAACCGAGGAGUAGCAAAGCCAUGACGGCCUACCCGGUCUGACCAUUUUUUUAACCUUAUUCAGCUAGCAAACGACUUUACACAGCGGCAAGAAAAGCCCUCCUAGAGGCUCCCACAUCUUCGGGUCGGCCUCCUCCUCCCUCACACCCCUCAAGCGUCACUUGCAACAAUCAAGCGUCUGAGUUCUUGACCAGGGCCUACAUCUACAGCGCCCAGUCUUUCCCUUUCAUCAAGCAGCCUCCUCUCAUUCGUUUGUAGGGGCCUCUUGUCAGUCGGUCUUUUGUCCAGCAUCUUGAAGAGACAGAUGUCUGACCCAUUCGCUUCACCCUGGACCUAUCAACUGGAUGGUCGCUCAACAGCAUCGAUACCAGUCAAGACACUCCCUGCAGUCACUCGCUCAACACGACAGCGAUCAAAAGCGGGCAGCAACGCAGCAACAGCCUCAAUCACUCGGCCUGUACAGGGAGCAGUUGUAGGAGGUAGCAAGAUGGGCGGUCGGCCACGUUCCAUUACGUUGCCGGGUCCUUAUCGCAUGCAGCAAUCCUCCAGUCCCUUGUCAUCGCCCAUCUUUGCUUUACCAACACCAGGUCUCUCAUGGACCAAUACGAGUCUCGAUGGCCGCUUACUAUCGCCUGCCGAGUCUGGCCCAACACAACAGUUCAGUGCCAGAGACCGUGAAGGAUCUAUUCUAUCGUCUGGAUCCUCGUCAGACGGCCGGGUAGUAGCAGCACGGCCCAUAUUACAGCCGCGUUCGCAAUCUGCUCGGUCCACAACGACGUUGGCGUCGAUGACAGGUCGGCCUGGUCUCACACCUGCAUCUCGAGCACGCGGGCUAUCUCUUUCCCUCGUUGUUGGCGCUGAGGGUCAAGCUGCAUUGCACACAGAAGCCCGUGCUAUGAUGGAGGAAGACCCGGGGAUGCGCGGUGAGGCGAUGCGUCGUAUGGCGUCGUUUGCAGGGAGUGAUGUAUCCGUCACUCGUCCGCUUGGUGGCUUGACACUCGCUACAGGUGGACGCAGUGAGACGCUGAUGCGAUCGGUUUCUCAGCAUGCAGAGUAUAGCCCGACGAUGCCACUCACGCCGCUGACUGCUGGGUAUGAUCAGAAAUACAUUUCACCCUCACAAAUGCGUCGGCCGUCGCUGAUGCAAACGCCAGAGUCAAUUUGGGAUAGUCCAGAGAGCAAUACGGAUGAGACGCACAGUCCAUUUUCUUCACUGGAGGAGAGUCUACCGCAGAGAGAGGAUGCUCGUGCGGCACUACAGCAAGUCUAUGAUCGUCGUCGAGGAGGCACGCAAAUGCCACUUAGUACAAGUCUCCCUGCUCCCUCUGACUUCUUCGUCAAUAUGAUGCCGACAUCGCCACAAGCACCAUUGCAGCGUGCUCGGCAUCGUCAUCCAUUGACGUGCGGUGCGUGUCACAUGGUCUUUCGAACAGCGCGGGCACAUCAGGUGCAUACCUCUGGUGGGUGUGGUGUCAAGCAGGCACCCUUCUUGGCAAGUGAUUUCUUGGAAGCGCUCGAUGCUGGUUCAUCGGGUGGGUUCUUUGACUUUGCACAUGCAACAGCAGGGUCGUCGCCGCCAGGUGUGCAAGACUUUCAGGAAGAGGCGAGGUUUUCUGGCGGAAGCCGAACACAUGGCAGUUUACUGGCGAGUCCGUUGCUGAGUGGUGAUGAGGAGUUGUUCUCAACACCUGUUGCUGCGUCCUCAGAGCCGAAGAAGCGGUCGUUGGUGGGUGGCGUGGUACUGCCGCAGCAGGAGAGUCCGUCGCAGAUCCGGACGAGCAAGCGGGCUAGAUAGAAUCAAUUUGUGUCUAUAGAUGUUUGUCAUUGCAGCGACGGCCUGACUAUGUCUUUGCCAAUAUAGAUACAGA